AUGAAACGAACUUGUAUAUGUAAUAUCUGCAACUGUGGGCGUCAUCGUUGCUUCCACAAGACCACAUCCUUGUAUACAAAGGGAGACAAAGAAUGUGUCCUAACAGAGUAUGCAGAGAAGUACCCUGUGUAUGCGGCUCAUCGACCACCAAAGAGCCUAAAGCCAAGGAUGGAGUACCAGAGGGACCGAGCAAAGAUUGAUGGAACCACAACGUUCAAAUCUGACUAUAUACCUUAUGAAGUUACACAGCAAUAUGUUCGACGCCAGGCACAAUAUAAGCCAGCGCCUGGGGAAAUGGACCUGGGAACUACUUACAAGCUGGACUUCAACACACAUGAGGUGCAACCGUUUGUCCCAGUAAGACCAAUUGAGACGCAGCAUGCAAAAGUGGGGAAGCUGGACACUCUGCCCACUUACAAAGAUGAUUUUCGACCAUGGGAUGUUAGCAAGAGGGAUUUGGUGAAACCCGAAUUUACAUACCACCCUCCAACCACAAAGUUUGGAAAUUCAACAACAUUCCAAGAUGAUUUUGUCCCAAAGGGCUUUGCUCAGCGAGAAAGUUUCAAGCCUCCCAUCGUGGCCAAGCUUUCUGACAUGCCCUUCAAUGACCUCACCAGCAACCGCCUUUGUUACGUGCCUCACACCCUGGAACCGAGGGUUGUCAGGCCCCCCGAGCCAUACAGACCCAGCAGCCAGCCCUUCCAGUGCUGCACCACUCACCGCUCAGACUUUCAAGGCCUGCCUGCACAGCUCCCGCAGAGCUGCAAGCCGAGUUCUACCAAGAUGGCCUCAGAUGCUCCAUUUCAAAGCAGCACUGAAUUCCGGGACCGUUUCCAGCCAUGGCCAGUGGCUCUGCCGCAGCUCUUCAAGCCGCCAGAGUACGUGAGCCGCACGGAGCACAUGGAACUGAGCACGACCACCAAGGAAGACUUUGUGAAGCACAGUGUGCAGCCAUUUGUUCCCGCAAAACCCUUUUUGCAAACGAAGAGGCCUUCCGGUCCCUUCCAGGGGAGCACCACCAUGAAGGAGGACUUCAAACCGUGGCAGAUACAAAGGCGAGAAAUGGCCAAGAAGCCAGAAGAUGUGAGGAAGGCAGGUGGGAAGAUGGAGGAUCUGACCACCUUUAAGCUCGAUUACACCCAACAUCAAAUCCAACCCAACGUGAGCUUUAAACCCAAGCAUGUGCCAUUGAAAAGCGAGGCCCCGUUCGAUGAUGGAACUAUGUAUCGUGCUGAGUUCACUCCAAAGAAAGGCACCGUGUGCCCAGCCAGUUUUGACUGCCCUCCAGGCUAUGUCUUUGAAGGCACUGAUGAACGAGGCCACAGGUUUUUCCGGAAGUUGUCUACCCAGGACAGGAACAAGGUACCUCUGGCCCCUGAGAUCCAUGCUGCCAAGGAUGUGGUUGUAAUGUCAUAA